AUGACAUCGUCAAAGUCAGAGCUCUUUACUGUGGCCUCUGGCGAUGGAGGGGACAGUCUUCAAGGUCAGCCCAAGAGGGUGUCCUUCUUUGAGCACUACAUUCAGCCAUGCCUGGCGGAGAUUCUCGGCUCCACUCUCUUCAUGUUUGUGGGCUGUGUGUCAGUCAUGGGCAACGUUGGCAUCAGUGGGAGCAUCCAGCCUGCCCUGGCACAUGGACUAGCACUGGCUAUAGCAAUUGCAAUUUUGGGGGAAAUCAGUGGCGGUCACUUUAAUCCAGCUGUGUCUGUGUGUGUUUACCUCAUUGGAGGAAUGGAAUUAAUUCUCCUUGUGCCAUACGUGCUCUCACAAAUGUUAGGUGGACUGAUUGCCGCUGGACUUGCCAAAGCUGUCACUACAAGCAUAGCAUAUGGAAAUGCAUCUGGAGCAGCAUUCAAUGCAGUUCAGUCCACUGAUGGCAUUGGCUCUGCAACUGUGGCAGAGAUGAUCAUGACACUCUUCUUGACCAUGGUUGUCAGCAUGGGUGCUAUAAAUGGAAGGACCCGAAGUCAUCUUGCUCCUUUCUGCAUUGGACUUACUGUGACUGCAAAUAUCUUGGCUGGGGGUGGAAUCUCUGGAGCAUGUAUGAAUCCAGCACGGGCAUUUGGGCCAGCGUUGGUGUCUGGUUACUGGGCCCACCACUGGAUAUAUUGGGUGGGACCUUUGACUGGGGCUCUGGUCACUGUCAGCUUUGUGAGGUUGAUAAUGGGAGACAAGAAGAUCCGUGUUGUUUUUAAAUGAUCGAGGUGGGACCUCUGAAGAUCCCAUGCCUAAAGCUUUUAAUUCAAGAUAACUUGUAAAGUUAUGUAAAGCAUUGUGUGAUAUUGUUCAACAUUUAUACUAGUGUACUCUACAAAAUUUUUCAGUAUUCUGCUGCUUCAUUGUAUCUUUCAAGAAUGUAUUUGUUGUUUUAGUUUUUAUAUAGCCUGCCAUUAGGUAUUCCAAUAUUUUAUAUUAAUAAACACAGUCUUUUGUUAGAUCUUGCC